AUGGAGCUACCCGUUCUGCUACUCACGAAUGGGGUACUUUUACCGAAUGCUAAGUUGAAAGUGCCCAUAAAAAGCCGAACAAAUCUGGCGACACUGGAUCGCUUUGUGGUGAACAGAGGUGCGCCAGGAAAAUCGCUAGUGUUGGUCGCGUAUCGGAUAGAAAAAGAAAAGAGAGUGUUCGAGACAGGUACAGUGGCGAUGGUCGAGCAAGUGGUGUGCUGGAGUUAUAACAAUUUUGUACAGUAUACCAUCCAUUUGGUUGGCGUGUCGAGGGCAAAAAUCGAAAAAUUUGCCAUUCCUGUCAGUACAGUUCAGCAGCUCUAUGCCAUCGAAGGAGAUACACCAUCCGACCUCAGAAAGGAGUUCCGGGUUCGAGUCAAAGAAUUCGCGUUUUCGCUUUCCUUUGAUCGUGUGGAGGAGUCCUUUACAUUGAAAAAAUUCUUGAACGAGGACAGACUAGAAGAUUUGGCGGAUUUCUGGCAAGCCGUCACUAAUGUAAGGACUCCGGAUAUCCAAAUCCAGCAACCAUAUCUCCCGCGAAGUCGUUCUAGAACCCGAAGAUCCCCGAAAAACGGACUGGAAGAGUUAGAGACAAAACUUCAGAACGCAGGCUUACCCGACAAUGUCAAGGAACGUGUAUGGGCGGACUUUGACCGUUUGAAAGCUAUGGGACCGAAUAGUUCCGAGCAGCACGUGCUCACCUCAUACCUAGAUUUGGUGGCCAGUUUGCCAUGGAGUAAAAGUACUCCUGAGAGUAUAGACAUCAAAAAGGCCAGGGAGCUACUCGACGCUUCCCACAGCGGAAUGGAAGACGUGAAGAAAAGAGUACUCGAGUUCCUAGCUGUUAGAAAACUCAGCGAUUCGGUAUGUCUGUUCAUUAAAUUGGCUUCGAUCCCCUCCCUUGAGAACAUGACCGCUUUCAGGUUACCGGACCAAUACUGUGCUUUGCGGGUCCACCAGGUAUUGGAAAGACCAAGUAUAGCAAAAGCCAUUGCACAAUCGCUUGGACGGAAUUUUGAAAGGAUCUCGUUGGGUGGAAUACGAGACGAAAGUGAUAUUCGAGGUCAUCGCAGGACUUAUGUGGCCGCAAUGUGCGGACGAAUCAUUCAAGCUCUGAAACAUGCUGGUAGCAAUAAUCCACUAAUACUUCUUGACGAAGUCGACAAGCUGUUCGCUGGUCUUCAUGGUUCACCUUCAGCUGCUCUGCUUGAAGUAUUGGAUCCUGAACAGAAUAACUCGUUUACCGAUCAUUACCUAAAUCUCCCAUUUGAUUUAUCAAAAGUGCUGUUUAUUGCCACCGCCAACGACCUUUCAAAAAUUGAAGGACCACUUGCCGAUCGUCUUGAGAUCAUCGAAAUGACUGGAUACUCGACGAAUGAGAAGAUAGAGAUCGCUGAACGUCAUCUAAUUCCUCGUCAACUACUUCAACAUGGAAUUUGUCCGGAUCAUUUGCGGAUACAAAGAGAUGCCCUUCGGAUCAUGGUGGAGGAUUAUACUCGAGAGUCGGGUGUGCGACAGCUGGAGCGAAUGAUCGCGGCCACUUGCCGGUUCGUCGCGUUGCGGAUAGCGGAAGCAAAUAAGAAUGAAAACGAGUUUGACAGCAUGAUGGCUUCCGAGCUACCGAUCGUCGUCUCUGCUGAGAAUUGCAGAAAAAUACUUGGAGUAAGCUACAUGGAACCCGUAUGCAACUGCUCUUCGUUGGCUUGA